AUGCGUUUCACAGACGUCUUUGCUGUCAGUGUGGUGGCGCCUUUGGUGGCAGCUCACGGUGGAGUCCCAGGAGCACCUAAGAUUUUUGGCUUACCCAGAGACUUGCUCGAUGACUUCAAGGCUCCCGUUGCUGCCCGUACGCUUCGACACCCUGCUACGCCCAGGGGUGGCCUGUUGGAAACCCGCCAAGGUGGUCAGAACGGACGUUGUGGACCUAGCUUUGGCAAUGCCAAGUGUGCUACAGGGUACUGCUGCUCUGGUGCCGGAUACUGCGGAACUUCGAAAGAUCACUGCCAGGCUCCCGACUGCUUGAUUGACUUCGGCCCAGCUUGCGAUGCCAACAAAACUCCCGGUGGAGCUAGCACACGCAACGAUCCUCGUCCCCAAAAGGGCAAUGUCGCAUACGGAGGUGGCGGUGUAUAUGCCUGCAAGAAGGCUGGAACAGUCGCCAUCACCUACGACGAUGGUCCAUACAUUUACACCGACCGCGUCCUCGACCAGUUCGCUGCUGCUGGCUUCAAGGCUACCUUCUUCGUGACCGGUAUCAACCUUGGCAAGGGCGCCAUCGACAGCACAGCGCAAUGGUCCAACGUGAUCAAGCGCAUGGUUGCCGAGGGUCACCAAGUCGCAUCCCACACAUGGUCCCACCAGGAUCUCAGCGUUAUCACUGAUGCCCAACGCUACGACCAGAUGGUCAAGAAUGAGAUGGCCAUCCGCAACAUCAUCGGAAAGUACCCUACAUACAUGCGUCCUCCUUACUCGUCUUGCAACACCGCCUGCCAGACUGUAUUGAAGAACUUGGGAUAUGUCGUCAGCUACUUUGACUUGGACACCGAUGACUACAACCAGCUUUCCAACAUCCAGGUCGCUAAGGAUAACUUCAAGAGGAUCCUUGACUCCACUGCUGGCGGUCCCACAACGGGCUCCCGUCUUGCUAUCGGCCACGAUAUUCACGAGCAGACCGCUCUUAACCUCACCGGAUACAUGCUUUCAUACCUCAAGUCGAAGGGCUACCGCGGUGUUACCAUGGGUGAGUGCAUGGGCGAGCCUGAAGCAAACUGGUACCGCACUUCCGGCGAGGGUGGUGGCUCUACCACUCCUCCUCCUACCUCUGGCGGCGGCAGUGGCAGCACCCCUGUUUCCACUGAUGGAUCGUGCGGCUCUGGCAAGGGAACGUGUGCUGGAUCUACUUUCGGCAACUGCUGCUCUCAGUACGGAUGGUGUGGAUCCUCCGCUGACCACUGCAGCGCCGGCUGCAACUCUGCCUUCGGUACUUGCACUGGCGGUGGCUCAACCACCCCUGCGCCAGCUCCUUCGACCCCAGCCAAAAAGGUCUCUACUGAUGCUAUGGCUGCGAGAUUACAUGAGAUGCAGAAACACUACACCAUUACUUACUCUGAAGCUGCGUACAUGGCACCAGUUGCAAACGCAUUCUACUCAAUCUGCACCUCAACGGUUCUCAAAAAGAUUUAUAUCUUUCAGUUUGUCACCAAGCCUCUGGAACAGAGCGAACAGCAUACCUUACUAUCACAUUCCAAUCUCUAUCGAGGAUUCCCGACCAUGCAGGAUAUCGACUACUCCGCUACGACCGCACUUGUGACCGGCGGCUCCUCUGGGAUAGGUCGUGCAAUCGCAAAAGAACUCGUGAAGAGAGGUGUCCGUCGACUGGUUCUUGUCGCUCAGAAUGAAGGAAAACUGGCCGAAACAGUCAGCGAGAUUGAGGGUUCUACGGCAGGAACGACAGUGCGCACGAUCAAAAGCGACUUGAGCCAACGAGAAGGCCCUGAAAAUGUACAAAAGCAAGUCCAAGAAUGGGGUUGGACAGUCGAUCUACUUGUAAAUAACGCUGGCUUCGCCAGGAAGUACUAUUUCGCACGCAACCCUGAGACCGACACCUCUUUGGCUACUGUCGAUCUUAUGGUCCGCGCCGUCGUUGAUCUAAGCCUCCGUUUUAUGCCAGAAAUGAUAAAGCAAGGCAAGGGUGGCAUCUUGAAUGUCGGGUCCACUGCUGGGUACCAAGCAGUUCCAUACACGGCAAUGUAUGCAGCUAGCAAGUCAUUCCUUAUGUCAUGGUCCCAAGCGGUUCAUCAAGAGAAUCUUGAAACUGGCGUCCGAGUAGCUUGUGUCGUGCCGGGCAUUACUAAGACCAAUCUCGAUGGCCAGGGGCAUGGCGAAACGCGAGGUGCCAUCGACAAAGUUGGCAUCGAUCAGCCUGAGGAUGUAGCGAAGGUCGCGGUGGACGUAUACGAAGCCAACGAAUCUGCUCGUGUAGUUGGCUGGAACAACAAGAUUCAAUCGACAGUCUUCAACCUGAUUCCUGAUUCUAUCACCAGCGGCAUUAUCGCUUCGGCGCGAGGGCCACCAGAGGAGAAUAAUUGCCGAAAGCACUAUUGUUCGCACACCAUGGCGCUGGCGAUAAUUCCCACAAUCAUCGUCAGUUUUGUAGUUAUCGUAGCACUAAUCGGCACGUACUACAUUUAUCAGGCAUACAAGCGCAUGCGCUUCGCAAUGCCAGACGUGGAGUGCACCCGCCAUAUCGAAAAUCCCGAGCAUCUCAAACAACAACCAAUCCAACUACACGAUAUCGAGCCUCCACACCGGAAGUAUCAGAGCUAUCAGUGGUAUGGUUCCGAGAAUGUGAUGCCCACACAUGUCUCCCCUGUCGCGCAAGCACUUCCGCGUAUCUCUGAGAUCGAGUAUACGGGAGGCGAGGGUCUCGUCAGCCCGCCUGGUCGGGUCUUCUCACUUCCCAAGGAUAUCGAAGGAGGUAAGAGAAACGAAAAUGGGCUAGACAAGUUUCAAGCACAAGAUCUACACGCAGAAAGGCUAUGGAACUUUGCAACAGAUAGCUACGGAAACUCAAUGGUAAAUCAGCCCGGAUUGGUAUCUCCAAAGCCUGUGCGAACAGUAACGCGGAACUCUCCAAAGGCUGAGCCUACAACUACCGCAUAUGACUCUGAACAAAUAGCAGCGGCAAACAUAUGGGACAAGAUCAACAAGGGCGAGCUACAACCCUCGCGACGCAAGGCAGAGAAGAAAAUGUCGAAGUCACUGAUCGCAAAAGCACAGGAAGUACUUCGUGACCCUGCAGACUUUGAGAACGAUGUCUUACAGGAUAUCGACCUUCGCAGCAGUACCAAAGAAUGGGCAAAGGCCAAGGUUUCGUCUGCGUACGUCGCAAAACGCCCAAGCAAGCGGGAUUCUUUCGAUAGUACGAUCACAGCCGUCGAUGCCAGCGAUGUGAAUAUCGAAAGGCCAGCGUCAUAUGUCAAGCGCAAACAAAGUAUAGGCACAGAUAUUAUCAAGCUGCCGCAACCGCUUGACCGAUCAGCCGAGGCACGCCGCAAGAUUCUUGAAGCUAAGGAGCAGAUGGCAGACAGAAAGAAGCGGGAGGAAGAAGAACGUCAAGCAGAAGAGCGAAGACAGGCAGAAGAGCAAAACCAGCGCGUGGCAGAACAGCAGAAGCUGUUUGAAGAAAGAGACCGCACAUUGGCAGAGAUUACCAAGACAGAAGAUGAAGACCUGUGUAAUACGAAUAGUUCUCGGUCUCGAAGAUCGUCCGCUAGCCAGAGAUCCAAUUCAUCUACCAAAUCGAAAAGUGCGCGAAAGAGUCGCGAGAGGCCUCUCCCGCGAUCUCCUAAGCGGGCUUGCACUUUCGCUAAUGAUACGACUUCAUGCGUCAAUGACUCUGUUACGAAGAAGCCCAUCAGUAGUCGUAGUGGCAUGGCAAGAAGUAUGAGUAUGAAUGACCGGGAAAGACAGGACACCAAUGCAACAAUGACUCCAAUCGCUGAAGGUAACGGUACUGAUGAUACUAAUGAGCGAGACUUGGACAGUAGCGGAACAACUAAGGUCGCAAAGCCAUUCUCUGACAGUAUGUCAAGACGUCCUGAUGGCUCCAAAACAUCAGCAUCAUCAGGCUUUUCUUAUAAAUACAACCAUGGAAGACGCGCCUCUAAAGAUAUUCCACAAAACCCAUUCACUUCUAUUCAAGAUGCCAAAGUGUCUUUCGCGCCGACUCAGAGAUCCUCGGGCUCAUCUAGCAUCGAUAGCCGGUCCCAAGCCCAGCGACGCUCAAACGCUUCCAGCAAUGACAGUCGACUCAGCUCAGACAGUCGUCUAAGCCUCAGCCAUCCCGAGCGCAACAACAACAAAUCUAGUGCUGAGUUUCGUGCUUCCGCGGAUAGCCAGAGUGAUACGCACUCGAUCGCUGAUCGUGGAAAACCAGAACGCAAGUCCUCGUUUGCAUCUCGCACACUUGGGAAACUUGGUCGUAAGUCUUCAUCUUCGGAAAAGAAGACAGAGAGCGAUUCUGCGGAUUUGAUGCUGUUCGGGGAGCAUGCCGUACCGGGGCUGAGAGGUGGAGCCAUGGUGUUUGCGGCUGAGCCAGAGGAGAUGUCAGAGCCAGACGAUGAAGAUAAAGACUGGAGACAUCGAAAGGGACAGGAUGAUGAUGCGGUGAGGAUGCGUGGCGGUGCGGGGGAGAAGACGGUGGAGUCGGGGGACGAAAGCGAGGCUAGGGCGGAGAAGGACGGUGAUCACGAUGCUUGCGAGGAUGCGCACUCUGAUGGCGGCCACUCGGAAGACGACCACUCAGAGGACGAACAUUCAGAAGAUGAGCCUUCCGAAAGCGAUGACGACAUUGAAGAACGUGAUUCCUGUGAAGAUGAGGGUUUUGAGGAUAAUGCAUCGGAAGACGAGCAUUCCGAGUCUGAAGUCUUCAACGACGAAGUUUCCGAUGCUGAUACAUCGGACGACGAAUCUGGUGAUGAAGGAUCGGAGGAUGGAGAUGAACAGACGUUGUUGCAGAAGCCAGCUAAGAUCGUCUCGACGAAGACCGUCGGUAUAGUGAAGGCUUGA